CCAAUCGGACCCGCACACCAACCGUCCUCCCCGUCUGUUAACAACCACCACGCGCAUCGAAUCCUAUUUAUCUCUAAAAUAAGCAAAAAAAACCCAAAUCAAGCACACGAAGUCAUCCGCCGCCUCCCUCACUCACUCACAGACAUGGCUGCUUCUUCCUCACUCCUCCACUCCUCUUUUGCUUCUUCUCUAAGCUACAAACGGAAACGAUUCCAUCAAAACCCGAAACUAGCCACCUUUCGUCGUUCGCCAACAAUAAUUUCUUGCACCUCUUCCACGCUUGAUCCUUCCUCUUCGUCCAACAACACCCCCGCGGUAACCAAGCACCGCCGUCCUGCUGACGAGAACAUCCGCGAUGAGGCUCGGCGCCAACGCUCCGGCUUGGCUGCGAAUACUUUUUCAGCUAAGUACGUCCCGUUUAACGCCGGGCCGGACUCACGCGAGUGGUACUCCCUUGACGAGAUCGUGUACAGGAGUCGGUCCGGUGGUCUCCUCGAUGUCCAGCACGACAUGGAAGCGCUGAAGAAAUUUGACGGUGUGUACUGGCGCGACCUGUUCGACUCGCGCGUGGGCAAGACCACUUGGCCUUAUGGGUCGGGAGUGUGGUCUAAGAAGGAAUGGGUGUUACCGGAGAUUGAUCCUGACGAUAUAGUCUCUGCUUUUGAAGGAAACUCGAAUCUGUUUUGGGCUGAGCGUUUUGGCAAGCAGUUUCUGGGCAUGAACGAUCUGUGGGUUAAGCACUGCGGCAUUAGCCACACCGGCAGUUUUAAGGAUCUGGGAAUGACUGUUUUGGUCAGCCAAGUGAACCGUUUGCGAAAAAUGAAACGGCCCGUCGUUGGAGUUGGCUGCGCUUCCACCGGAGACACCUCAGCGGCUCUUUCGGCCUAUUGCGCGUCGGCCGGAAUUCCAUCCAUUGUCUUCUUGCCCGCAAACAAGAUCUCAAUUGCGCAAUUGGUUCAGCCAAUUGCAAAUGGAGCUUUUGUAUUGAGCAUAGAUACAGAUUUCGAUGGGUGUAUGAAAUUAAUCCGAGAGGUUACAGCGGAAUUGCCCAUUUAUUUGGCGAAUUCUUUGAAUAGUUUGAGGAUUGAAGGGCAAAAAACUGCUGCAAUUGAGAUUUUGCAGCAGUUUGAUUGGGAAGUUCCGCAUUGGGUUAUAGUUCCUGGUGGUAAUUUAGGGAAUAUAUAUGCCUUUUAUAAAGGGUUCAAAAUGUGUUAUGAGUUGGGGCUUGUUGACAGAAUACCAAGGCUAGUUUGUGCUCAAGCAGCAAAUGCUAAUCCGCUGUACUUGUAUUACAAGUCGGGGUGGGAAGAGUUUAAGCCCGUGAAAGCGAAUUCUACAUUUGCUUCAGCUAUACAGAUUGGAGACCCGGUUUCUAUAGAUAGAGCUGUUUAUGCUUUGAAGAAUUCGAAUGGGAUUGUUGAGGAAGCCACAGAGGAGGAGUUGAUGGAUGCAAUGGCACAAGCUGAUUCUACUGGGAUGUUUAUAUGCCCCCAUACUGGGGUUGCACUGACAGCCUUGAUUAAGCUAAGGAAUAGUGGGGUUAUAGGGCCUAUGGAUAGGACAGUAGUGGUGAGCACAGCUCAUGGGUUGAAAUUUACUCAGUCUAAGGUUGAUUACCACUCCAAAGCAAUACCAGAUAUGGCUUGCAGGUUUGCUAACCCGCCUGUGCAAGUUAAGGCAGAUUUUGGGGCCGUCAUGGAUGUUUUGAAGAAGUAUUUGGGUGACAAGGCCCCUAAAUAAUCUGUUUGGUGGCAUUGUCUAUUAAAUCCAUCGUGGCAGCAAUAACAAUAACAACAACUACUACUACUACUAAGCCUUAAUCCCAAACUAGUUGGGUUGGCUACGUUCUGCUAAUCUCAGCCUAUAUUGAAAAUAUGAUUUAUGAUGUCCACUGAAAUUCUAAUCAUUAUUGAUUAACUAUUACUUCAAAAAGAGAAAAGCCAAGGUAUGUGCCUUGUAAGUUUAGCAUCAUCACACUUGUUAAACCAAAAAUAUGAAAAUAGAAAAGGAAAAAAUGUGAAAAGAGUGAGGAGUAGAUAUCAAUUAGUAAAAAAUGAUCUCAAACUUUUAGUAAGUGGAUUAUUGGGUCUCUUUCUUUAGCAGUUUAGAAGAGAAGAAAAAGGGACAUAAAAAAAGCCGAAAAAACAAGGUUGUCCAAUCUAUCCCACACAUGUUGAAUGUGGGGGAAUCGCAUUAUUUUUUUGACCCCCAUUUUAAAAGUGAAUGUGCUUUCCAUGUGAAUUCACUUUCUCAUGCUCAUGAAAUGGUACCAUAUUGAGAGUUGUAUCUAUUGUUUUUUUAUAUGAGAAGGUAUCUUAUUAAUAAAUUUUUGUGCCCCUACUAAACAUAAUUCCUGGGUGUGGAAUAAUGGAAAUGCAUUGAUUUAAGUUUUUCAUUGAAAUUCAUUUUCUUACAACUGGUUUAACAUUUUAGCUUGCUUUUUAGUAGCAAGUUCAGUUGAAUCAGAUCAUUA